GUGAUUUUAAUACAUUCAGCUAAGAAAACAGAAGGAAAAUUAAUUUGCCGAUUUUAGAAUUAAUUAUCAAUCAUGCCGCCAAAAAAAGCACCAGCCGGACCUAGUAAGAAAACCGAGCAGAAGAAAAAGGAGAAAAUCAUAGAGGACAAGACAUUUGGAUUAAAAAACAAGAAAGGUGCAAAAACACAGAAAUUCAUAGCUCAAGUAGAGAAACAAGUCAAGUCUGGUAAUCAGCCAGCUAAAAAAGAUCAGCCUGAGGAUAGAAGAGCUGAAAAGGAGAGGAAAUUGAAGGAACAAAAAGAACUAGCAGCACUCUUUAAACCGGUAAUAGUACAGAAGAUUGAAGCAGGAACUGAUCCUAAAUCCGUGUUGUGUGCAUACUUUAAAGUUGGUCAAUGUACAAAAGGCGAUAAGUGUAAAUUCUCUCAUGACUUGGCAAUCGAACGUAAAGGUGAAAAGAGAUCAAUCUACUGUGAUGUACGACAGUCGGAAGAAACUAUGGAAAAUUGGGACGAUGCUAAGCUUAAAGAUGUCAUUGAGAAGAAACAUGCAGCAGAAAAGACGAAUGCGACAACAAUUAUUUGUAAAUUUUUCAUUGAGGCAGUCGAGAAGUCACUUUAUGGAUGGUUUUGGGCAUGUCCGAAUGGUGAAAAGUGCAUUUAUCGACAUGCAUUGCCGCCAGGUUAUGUCCUUAAAAAGGAUAAAAAGAAGGAUGAUAAACGAGAUGAAAUUUCAUUAGAGGAAUUGAUAGAAUCGGAAAGAGCUGGCUUAGGUUCGACCACAACAAAAGUAACACUAGACACAUUUUUGGCAUGGAAAAAGAGGAAAAUUGAAGAAAAACGACAAGCUGAGUUGGAGGAAGAGAAAAAGAAACUCAAAGACUAUAAAGCUGGCAAGCAAUUCGGUAUUUCUGGUCGUGAGAUGUUUAGCUUCAAUCCAGAUUUGGUCAACGAUGCUAUGGAUGAUGGUGACGAGGCAUUUGAAAUGAUCCGCGAACAGGAUGAGGAUGAGCUUAAUUUCAAAGAAAUUGAUUUCUCAGCUCUUAGUGCUGGUCUCAGAGAGGUUGACGCUAGCGGAUGCACAAUAGCUACUGAAGACAGACUAGAGAAACUUAAAGAUUCAGUACCAGUAACGGAAACAACAGAUGAAGCCGGUCCAAUUAAUGAAAAUUUAUUCCUCGACGAAGAUCUCGAAGGGCUGGAUGAUGAAUUAAAUGAUUUGGACGUUAACGACGACGAUGAGGAUGAGGAUACAACAGAAAAUACUGAUAAUUAAAUGUUAUAUCGAUAAAUUUGCCUUUUAUCGUAACCGAUUGAAAUUUUUAAUAAAAAGUAAAAUAAUGAAUCAAGCACUGAUGUGUCUAUGAAAUCAGUUGCUGCUUGAUGACUUCCAGAAG